GUCUGUAAAAGGUCGUACAUAAUAAAAGAAGCUGUCACAGCUUCGGCGGGAAAUAACAGCAAAGCAAGCACUGGCAUAAAAAUGCCGCCAACACCAAAAUCAACAUCGCCUACGACACGCAAACGCUACUGCGGCCUAGGCAAUCAUCAUCUUCGUACGCCUCACAAGACAAUUAGCGAUGAGAAAAUACUUAGCUUCGCCAAGCAUAUUAACCCGGAAUUGCGGAGCACAACUCUCCUCUGUGGAAGUUGUUAUGAUACGCUGGUGAAAAUCUACCGUGUCAAGCUGCGACAUGCCAUACAACUGCAGAAGGGAAAAAAACGUGCAGCGGGCAACACAAACUCCAUUUCUGAUGUGAGUUCUAGUCAGCAGGUGCAUUCACAGAGCUCGAGUGCGGUAUCUGCGUAUUCCACAACAUCCGAGAAUUCAAGCAAAUCCACAAUAAGCGACAACCAGCCCACCCCAAGCAACACUACCAAGCGAAAGCGUGUGGAGCAACGGACACCGGACAAUGACGACGACGCCAUCGACGAUGACGAGGAGCCACUUUUAAGUCUGAAUGCCGUGAAUGGCACACGGCUACCGAACAUUCAACCCAUACCCAAGCGUCGCCAGUUCGUGCACUUGAACAAGGACGUAAUGGAUAUAUAUCUGAGUGGAACCACGGGCGGGUGAAUUGGUUAUAUGUUCCUUUAUUGGAUAUGUUUUGUUGUGUUGCUUAAGUUUUUAAGUCUAAUUCCAGGUGCACGAGGUGAAGAUAUCGAUGAUCGCAUUAGCCUAAUUAUGCAUUUCCAUGUUAAUUAUGUUUCGUAAAUUGUGAAAUUAUUAUGUUUGCAUUAACUGGAUUCACAAUAAAAAAGAAUAGAAUAAUUAUAUUGCGAAGUGCAUCUUAUA